UGGGUCAGGUAAUUGGCAAACAUACAAAUAAUAAAUGAAGAAGAUCUAUUAGACGGCCCGUAUAGAUCCUAUUCCCCACACCACCAACCCUUUUGACUGGUAGCCAACCUCCAUUGAACCUUGCCAACUUGGGUGAAGAUUACCUGUGAAAACUCAAAAUCAGGCCAAAUCAUUCUCAUUGGACAAAACCAUCCCAUAGAAAAGGAAACCAUCCAACCAUCCGGAGAAAGUGGGUCUGAAUAUAAACCAGUCAAUUAGGUAGAGAAUACAGAACAGGGGAAAACCAUAUAUUUGAUUUUGAGUCAUUGCCUUCCACACUCUCACCGAAUCAAACGCCCGUUUUCUCUGACAACAAAACAAAAGGAAAUGAAUUAAUGGGAAGAAAGAGAAAAUAAAGAAAAGAGAGAGAAAGAGGAAGGAAAAGAAAAGACUUGCACCAUCCACUCUCUCUCUCUCUAUACACAUUUCCCUCUCUAACUUUCUCUCAAACGGUUCCCACCAUGGGAGACAGAAGCCAGUGACAGAGCUUGCGGAAAAAUAAACAAAACGGCCAUUUUUUGUAUUUCAGAGAGUCUUAAUUUCAGGGUGGUGGAUGGAUUGAAUUACAGGGGCCGGGGCUUACUGUUGUGAGCUCUGCCUCUACGUGCUUCACCCUCCUUUAUUGAACCAGUAGACAAUUCGAUGGAGAGGAACUAAACUUUAAUCUUCUCGGGCAGAGGAGGAUGAGGAGGAGCUGGAAUUAAAAAGCAGAGGGGGAGUUCUUCGACAUUUGCAUUAUUGGUGGCCUCAGGUGGCCACAGCAAGAGCUAGAUUUGACAAUUCAUGCAAAUAUCAAAGUCUCCCUCCCUGAACCCCAAGAGCUCAUAUCCUCAUCUACUUCUCUGCCUAGGGAAACAACUGUAACUACGAGAAUGGAUGAUCCAAAAUCUACAAUGUCUACUACUGCUCAUUUCAUUGAGCAGCUACAUGCCGAUAUGUCCUCACCACAUGAAAAAGAGCUUAUUACAACACGUUUGCUGGGCAUUGCUAGAGCAAGAAAGGAGGCAAGAACAUUUAUCGGUUCCCACUCACAGGCCAUGCCAUUGUUUAUAUCCAUCCUCAGGAAUGGUACGCGUGUGGCUAAAACGAAUGUUGCUGCAACUCUGAGUGCUCUCUGCAAGGAAGAAGACUUACGGGUGAAGGUGCUGCUUGGAGGGUGUAUACCACCAUUACUCUCGCUUCUGCAGUCUGAAUCAACUGAGAGCAGGAGGGCAGCUGCAGAGGCAAUCUAUGAAGUUUCCUGUGGUGGGUUAUCGGAUGAUCACGUGGGUAUGAAAAUAUUUGUCACAGAAGGUGUGGUUCCAACCCUGUGGGAUCAGCUCAAUCCAAAAAUCAAACAGGACAAAGUGGUAGAGGGUUUUAUCACUGGAGCCUUGAGGAAUCUUUGUGGAGACAAGGAUGGGCAUUGGAAGGCUACACUUGAGGCAGGAGGAGUAGAUAUUAUUGUUGGACUUCUUUCUUCUGAUAAUGCUGUUGCUCAGUCCAAUGCAGCCUCUCUCCUGGCUCGUUUGAUGUUUACUUUUAGUGAUUGUAUCCCCAAAGUUAUAGAUGCUGGUGCUGUUGAAGUAUUGCUUCGACUGGUGAGUAAGGAAAAUGAUAUUUCGGUUCGUGCAAGUGCUUCCGAUGCUUUGGAGGCUCUUUCAUCUGAUUCAACAAGGGGUAAGACGGCUGUGGUGGAUGCAGGUGGCAUACCUGUUCUUAUUGGAGCUGUAGUUGCUCCUUCUAAAGAGCGUAUGCAGGGGGAGUGUGCACAGGCUUUGCAGGGACAUGCCAUUCGUGCUUUAGCAAAUAUCUGUGGUGGGAUGUCUUCUCUAAUACUUUAUCUCGGAGAACUGUCCCAAGCACCUCGAUUGGCUGCUCCAGUUGCUGAUAUAAUUGGAACACUAGCAUAUUCACUGAUGAUCUUUGAACAGACAUCUAGCACUGAAGAAGAACCAUUUGAUGAAACACAGAUAGAAGAUAUUCUAGUAAUGCUCUUAAAGCCUCGAGAUAAUAAGCCGGUUCAGCACCGUGUCCUUGAGGCUUUGGCCUGCCUCUAUGGAAACACUUAUCUAUCGAGAUGGCUCAACCAUGCAGAUGCAAAGAGCGUCCUCAUCGGACUGAUAACCAUGGCAUCAGCUGAUGUUCAAGAAUAUCUGAUUCUCUCUUUUAUCAGCUUAUGCUGCGAUGGGGUGGAUCCAUGGGAGGCUCUUGGAAAGAAAGAGGGCGUUCAGUUAUUAAUAUCUUUCCUGGGUUUAUCUAGUGAACAACAUCAAGAGUAUGCUGUUGCGAUGCUUGUAAUCUUAACAGAUCAUGCCGAUGACAGCAAAUGGGCUAUCACUGCUGCUGGUGGCAUUCCUCCACUGGUACAGUUAUUAGAGGUGGGUUCUCAGAGGGCAAGGGAAGAUGCCGCACAUGUGUUGUGGAAUUUAUGCUGCCACAGUGAAGACAUAUGUGCCUGUGUUGAAAGUGCCGGAGCCAUCCCAGCAUUACUAUGGCUUCUAAAAAGUGGGAGCCCUAAAGGACAAGAAGCUUCAGCAAGGGCACUUAGAAAGCUUAUACGAUUGGUUGAUUCAGAUACCAUUGAUCAGCUUUUGGCGUUGCUUCUAGGAGAUACUCCACAGUCAAAGGAACACAUUAUUAGGGUGUUGGGUCAUGCACUCACCAUGGCCCCCCAAGAAGACCUUGUGCAGAAGGGUACUCCUGCUAAUAAAAUCCUUACAUCUCUUGUCCAGUUUCUCAACUCCUCAAAUAAGGAAACUCAAGAGUAUGCAACUUCAGUUCUUGCUGAUCUAUUUAACAGUAGACAAGAUAUUUGUGAUAGUCUUGCAGCUGAUAAUAUUGUUCUCCCUUGUAAGAAAAUAUUGACCAACGAAAAAGAAACUCAGGUUGCAAAGCAAUCAACUCCGGCCCAGGGUGAAUUGUCCUGUCCAACCAAGGCUAAGGCUAAGACCACGAACAAGAUGCCUUGCAUUGCUGAAAGAGAUGUCAAGGCACUAAUCAAGCUGGCGAAAACAGCUUCCAUCGAUGCUGCUGAGACUGCACUAACUGCACUGGCUGAUCUUCUCUCUGAUCCUCAGAUAGCUGCUGAAGCUCUGGAAGAAGAUGUCGUCUCAGCUUUGACAAGAGUACUCGGAGAAGGGAGCUUAGAAGGUAAGAAGAAUGCAUCGCGCGCGCUUCAUCAGUUAUUAAAUCAUUUCCCAGUAGAAGAUGUUCUUACGGGAGACGCACAGUGCCGUUUUCUGGUUCUUGCACUUGUUAAUUCCUUGACUGAAAUGGACAUGGAUGGGAAUGAUUCCACUCAUGCUCUAGAAGCAGUUGCAAUUUUGGCUAGGACAAAACAGAGUGUGAACUUCACUAAACCCCCAUGGGCUGCACUACUUGAAGUUCCCUCCAGUUUAGAGCCACUUGUACACUGUUUGGCUGAUGGGCUUCCUCGAGCACAAGACAAGGUAAUAGAAAUUCUGUCUAGGUUAUGUGGUGAUCAACCUGUUGUUCUUGGUGAUCUAUUAGUUGCAAACCCAAGAGCAAUCGUUUCGCUAGCUAAUAGAAUAAUGAAUUCAUCCAGUCUACAAGUGAGAGUUGGAGGGGCUGCACUACUCACUUGUGCUGCCAAGGAACACAAACAGCAAUCAAUGGAUGCACUUGCAGCAUCAGGUUUUAUAAAGCCACUCAUUUAUGCUCUUGUUGAUAUGAUGAAGCAUGAUUCUAGCUGCCGCUCUCUAGAAAUUAAAGUAAGAAAACCUAGGGAUUAUAUGGAAAGGACUCGUUUAUGGGAGGGAAACAAAUUUGAUGUUCCUGAUCCAGCCACUGUCUUGGGUGGAACGGUUCCUUUGUGGUUGCUAGCAAUAAUUUCUUCAUUUAAUGCAAAGAACAAAAUCAUUGUCAAGGAAGCUGGAGGAUUGGAAGCUCUGUCUGAUAAGCUUGGAAGUUAUACUGCCAAUCCACAGGCAAAAUUUGAGGAUACAGAAGGCAUAUGGAUUAGUGCCCUACUUCUGGCUAUUUUGUUUCAGGAUGCAAAUGUUGCUCUUUCUCCUGCAACCAUGAGGAUCAUACCUUUACUGGCUCUUCUGCUCAAGUCUGAUAAAGUGAUUGAUAGAUACUUUGCCACUCAGGCAAUGGCUAGUCUUGUCAGUAGUGGAAAUAAGGGUAUACAACUUGGGAUUGCAAAUUCAGGUGCAGUUGCAGGGUUACUGACUUUAAUUGGUUACAUUGAACUAGAUAUGCCAAAGCUGGUCACUCUAUCUGAAGAAUUUUCUUUACUACAAAAUCCUGAUCAAGUUGUUCUGGAUCACCUUUUUAGAAUCAAAGAUGUAAGAACUGGCCCUAUUGCACUUAAUUUAAUACCUUUGCUAGUGGAUCUCUUGAGACCAAUGCCAGAUAGGCCAGGUGCCCCUUCAAUUGCUGUUCAUCUUUUGACGCAUAUUGCUGGUGGAAAGGAUGCCCACAAACUUGCAAUGGCUGAAGCUGGAGCUCUUGAUGCUUUAGCAAAAUACCUGUCUCUGAGUCCUAAAGACACAACUGAGACCACCAUAUCUGAACUAUUAAGAAUCUUGUAUAGCAACCCCGAUGUUGUUCGCCAUGAAGCUUCACUUAGUUCUUUGAAUCAACUCAUAGCUGUACUGCAUUUGGGGUCAAGAAGUGCUAGGCUUAGUGCUGUUGGGGCUCUGCAAGAACUUUUUGAUUAUGAAAACAUCAGAGAUACUGAAUUAGCCAGACAAGCCAUUCAACCUUUAGUUGAAAUGCUUAAUACUGGAUUGGAAAGAGAGCAACAGGAAAUUCUUGUUGCCCUAAUAAAAUUGACAUCAGGAAGUGCUUCAAAGGCAUCAUAUUUAGCAGAUGUAGAAGGAGAUCCACUUGAGAUGCUGUACAAGAUUUUAGCAUCUUCUUCAUCAUUAGAAUUGAAGAAAAAUGCUGCACAACUGUGUUUCGUUCUGUUUGGUAACCCAAAAGUACGGGCAAUGCCAAUUGCCACUGAAUGUAUACAGUUUCUCAUAUCACUCAUGCAAUCAGAUACAAGUGCAGCCGUGGAAUCUGGUGUAUGCGCCUUUGAGAGGUUAUUGGAUGAUGAACAACAAGUUGAAUUUGCAGCAGCACAUAAUGUUGUAGACCUUCUUGUUGGCUUGGUUGCUAAGUCAAAUAACCAAAUUACUGAGGCUAGCAUCAAUGCUCUCAUAAAGUUGGGGAAAGACCAUACUCCUUGCAAGUUGGAUAUGGUCAAAGCCGGCAUUAUCGAUAGAUGCCUUGAGUUACUCCCUUCUGCACCUGGUUCACUGUGUUCCUCAAUUGCUAAGUUGUUUCGCGUCUUAACAAAUAAUAGUGGGAUUGCAAAAAGCUCAGCUGCUAUGAAAAUGCUUGAGCCUCUAUUCAUGGCUUUACAACAUCAAGAUAUCAGCAUAUCGGGACAGCAUAGUGCCUUGCAAACACUUGUAAAUAUUUUGGAGAAACCAGAAAACCUUGCAACGUUGAAACUUACUCCUAGCCAAGUAAUUAAACAUCUAAUUACACUUUUGAAAUCCCCAUCUCAAACCAUCCAACAAUUAGGCACUGAGUUGUUGUCUCAUCUUCUAGCAGUGGAGAAUUUCCAAGAGGAUAUUACAACACAAAAUGCAAUUGUGCCUAUCGUUCAGCUUGCAGGAACUGGAAAAUUGAACGUGCAGCAAACUGCUAUAAAGGCAUUAGAGAGUAUCUCCACAAUCUGGCCAAAGGCUGUAGCUGAUGCUGGGGGUAUUUUCGAGCUCUCCAAGAUUAUUAUUCAAGAUGAUCCUCAACCACCAGAAGAAUUGUUGGAAUCAGCUUCAUUGGUCCUAUCAAAUAUUUUAAAAAUAGACACUGAGUAUUAUUACAAAGUUUCUCUAGAGGUGCUGGUGAAAAUGUUGCACUCAGUAUUGGAGAGCACUGUUACAGUUGCUCUUAAUGCCUUGAUUGUUCUAGAGAGAAGUGAUCCUUCCAGUGCUGAACUGAUGGUUGAUGCCGGUGCAAUUGAUCUGUUGAUGGACCUUCUAACAUCUCAUCAGUGUGAAGAGGCAUCUGGAAGACUACUUGAAGCAUUAUUUAACAAUGAAAGGGUACGAAAAAAGAAGGUUUGCAGAUAUGCAAUAGCUCCUUUGUCUCAGUAUCUUUUGGAUCCACAAACCAAAUCAGAGACAGGUAAGUUCCUUGCAGCUAUUGCUCUUGGUGACCUCUCCCAGUAUGAAGUACUUGCUAGGGCUAGUGAUUCUACAUCUGCAUGUCAUGCUCUGAUAAGCUUGCUUGAAGAUCAACCAAAUGAAGAUAUGAAAACGGUGGUCAUUUGUGCAUUGCAAAACUUUGUUGUCCAUAGUAGGACAAAUAGGCGAGUAGUUGCAGAAGCAGGUGGCAUAUUGGUACUUGAGGAACUACUACUUUCUCCCAAUCCAGACAUUGCUGCUCAAACAGCGUUGCUGAUCAAGUUACUAUUUUCGAAUCACACGCUUCAAGAGUACGUAUCAAAUGAGCUCAUCGGAUCUUUGACAGCGACAUUGGAGAAAGAGUGGUCCACGCCAAUUGUCUAUGAGGAGGUUCUGAGAACAAUACAUGUGAUGUUCAGCAACUUCACGAAGCUUCACAAUUCUGAGGCAGCUACCCUGUGCAUCCCACAUUUGAUAGGACUACUCAAGGCUGGCAGUGAGGCAGCUCAGGAAUCUGUACUGGACAUAUUGUGCUUGUUGAGACUGUCAUGGUCAAUUUUGCCAGUAGAUAUUGUUAAAACACAAGCUAAAAUUGCUAGUGAAGCUAUUCCAGUUUUGCAGACGAUGAUGAAAUGCCCACCGAGAUUCCAUGAGAAAGCAGAAAGCCUAUUGCAUUGCUUGCCUGGAUGUUUGACUGUCACUAUUAAGCGUGGUAACAACUUGAAGAAUACAGUGGGAAACAUGAGUGCCUUCUGUCGAUUGACUAUUGGAAAUUGUCCUCCACGUCAUACAAAGGUAGUGAGCCACACUACAAGUCCAGAAUGGCAAGAAGAGUUUACUUGGGCAUUUGAUGUGCCUCCAAAAGGACAAAUGCUUCACAUCGCUUGCAAAAACAAAAAUACAUUCGGGCAGACAACUCUUGGCACAGUGACAAUCCAGAUAGACAAAGUUGUUUUUCAGGGGGAAUACAGUGGGAUUUUCAACCUUAACCAGAAUGGCAACAAGAAGGAGGAAGAGAAGGACAAGGACGGAUCUUCUCGUACAUUAGAAAUUGAUAUCACCUGGUCAAAUAAAAUGCCAAAUGAGAAAGCAUCUGAAUGAGCAGUCGGCAUCUAAACUUGUACACCUGUACACAAGAAAUUAAUUGGCUAAAUAUUUCCAUCCCAAUAUAUAUAUUGUAAGUUGGUCGGUUGCUAAGUACUAUUCCUGAGCAGUCGGCAUCUAAACUUGUACACCUGUACACAAGAAAUUAAUUGGCUAAAUAUUUCCAUCCCAAUAUAUAUAUUGUAAGUUGGUCGGUUGCUAAGUACUAUUCCUGCUACUCUGCUAGUCCA